GCGACAUCAGCGUGUACUGCGGGGUUCAGACCAUGACCCUGAAGAUUAACUUCUGCCCGGUGCUGUUCUCCGGCUACACCGUUGCAGACCUUGCGCUCAAUGGUCGCCAUGGCGAUACCCACUGCCGGGGCUUCAUUAAUAACAACACGUUCCCCACGGCAGUACUGUUCAGCAUCAGCCUCAGCACACUGGAGGCCUGCGGCAAUAGCCUGGUGGUGACAACAGCCUACGGGGCUAAUGCCUACGGGAACAUGUCGCUGGUGCAGAUUGGUAAUAUCUCAGGGUACAUCGACACUCCAGACCCGCCAUCCAUCAUCAGCUAUCUGCCCGGCCUGCUGUACAAAUUCAGCUGCAGCUACCCCCUGGAAUACCUGGUCAACAACUCACAGCUGGCAUCGUCAUCUGCUGCAAUAUCAGUGAAGGACAGCAAUGGUACCUUUGUGAGCACAUUGAGUAUGAUCCUUUACAAUGACUCAACCUACAACCAACAACUCUCUAUCCCAAUGGCCGGACUGGCUUUGAAAACCCGAGUGUUUUCUGCAGUGAAAGCCACAAACCUGGACAAACGAUGGAAUAUCUUGAUGGACUACUGUUACACCACUCCCUCAGGGAAUCCCAAUGAUGAACUGCGCUACGACCUUUUCUUUGGCUGCCAUAAAGACCCACAGACAACUGUUUUUGAGAAUGGGAAGAGUCAGAUGGGUCGUUUUGCCUUCGAAGUGUUCCGUUUUGUCAAACACAGACACCAGAAGAUGUCCACUGUGUUUCUGCACUGUGUCACCAAGCUGUGUCGGGUAGAUGACUGUGUCCUGCUCAUGCCGAUCUGUGGCCAUCGGCGUAGGAGGGAUGUAGAGGAUAGCCUGGAGUCUAGGCCGUCGUCUGGGGAUGCCAUCAUCACUGCUGGACCCAUCAUCACCAGGAUUGAUGAAACUCCAAUGAAUAACUCACAACUCGCUGCAUCGAGUGGCCACUCCCUCCCGUUGAACCCAGUGACCAGUGCUCUGCUGUCAGGUGUGGUCAUUCUUGGCGUGUUCAGUCUGGGCUUCUUCCUGCUCUCGCUCCGCCUCCUCCGCAGACCCCGCCUCCCUACAGCCACACCCUCAGGAGCAUGGAACCCUAGCUUCAAAUAAACCUCUCGUGGGUGUGCUCUCUCUCUCUCUCUCUCUCUCUCUCUCUCUCUCUCUCUCUCUCUCUGACUCAUUCUCCCCCUCAUUUUUUUUAUCCAUCUAACUAUAACUAAUACCUACAGUAUGUAUUUGCACUGUAGCUAAAAGAGGCAGGUGCAGUGUAAUUGGUGUGAAAAUACGAUGCAGAAUGUCAAUAACUUGCAAAUAAACUCACAGUAGACAUAACUGUGAUCUCAAACAAUUAUUCUAGAGUAAGAGGUUUAGCCACAAGCAAGUUUCACUAUGUGCCUAUGUAGCUACCAAGUAAAUACAUCAAUACAUAAUAGGGACAGUUAUUGUAGACCGGGACCUGUAUUUUCUGAAAGGUUUACUUAGCUACUCUACCUUCCUUGAAUGUGUAUUUUACUCUCCAUUUCGCUAACUUACUCUUAUCUGUCAGCUGUAACAGUCACUGUCAUGCCAAACUCUUUCACACAUUCACGUGUACAUGUACAUACACAUACUCAAGCGCAUAUUGAUACUGUAAAUAGUUCAUUCCUACUUUGUGUACAGGGGAACAGUACAUGUUCAAUAAUAAUAAUGUUAUGUACUGUUUUCCUUGUUUUGUUAUGAUCCUUUGAUAGACCCGUGUAUUGUUUUUUUACAGGUAGUGUGUAAUAAAACUGACCCAGGUCAGUACGUGAGGCUGAUUUCCCAUCUUUUCAAUACCUUAGUGUCUUUUUGUCAUCCAUUGCUUGGCACGGGGUCAGUUUCAUUAAAGAAAUAAAGGGUCAUUCAAAUAACCCUGACACCUGGGGAUGACUGAUACUGUCCUCUACAAAGGCCAGCACCAAAACAUUACUUGUAGCUAUUUCUAUAACACACUAUUUUAACCUGAGAAAGGGUAGGCUUAAAUAUAGUACUAACAUGUGAGGAGAAUUGAAGACGUGAUUCAUCAUUCUAUAUGUAUGAUCAUGAUGAAUAUUUAUAUACCGUAUGUACAGUACUUAUUGAUAUUAAGUAUGGCUGAAAUCCUGACUUCCACAUAACUUGAAUGUUUGUGAAAGUUUUUGCCAUCAAUGCUUAAUUAAAGAAAACUCUAAUAACUUGCUCAAGUCAGGAUUUCACCCUGUGCUUAUUUUAUUUGAGGAUGAUGUGUUUUUUCCCCUUUUUAGGGAAUGUGCUAUUUGAUGUGGAAAGUUAAACAAAGAACGCAAUAAUCCAUUUUCUAUAAUUACUUAAUUUCGUAUUAUGUGUUUAAAGUUAUAAUCAUGUUGAUAGGAGUUACAGGAG